AUGCUGAUGAUCAAGUACGGGGAGGUCUCAGACCGCAAGGUGCUGGAGCGGCUGGUGGACGCCAUCACGCGGUCCUCGGCGCGCCUGGCCGCCCUCGGCCUCGACAGCGGCUUCGCUCUGUCUGUGGGCGCCGGGGUGCUGCUGGCGAUCUGCGACGCGUACAUCAGGCGGAAUGACAAGCAAGAGCGCGUCAUUGGCACGCUGCUGGGUUCUGUAGUGGAUGGCGUCGUCUCGGUGGCAGUGGACAUUGUGCACCACAAGACCAUGCUGGAGCUUCACCAGAAGGUCGCGCCGCAGCAGGUCAUCGUGGGCUGGUUUUCCACCACCAGCAGCAACAUCUGCAGCGACGCCCUGAUCCAGGAGUUCUAUGCAAAGGAGCCCACCAGCAGCUGCGGGCCGAUCCACCUGGUCCUGGACACCAGCCUGGCGGGGGAGCACGUCGACGUCCGCGCCUACGCCAGCCGCGCGCUGUCGCUGGGCGACAAGGCGCUCGCCACCGAGUUUGUGGAGCUGCCCUGCGAAGUGCUCAUGGGGGAGGCGGAGCGCGUCGGGCUCAACCUGCUGGUGUCUGGCGACCACGAGCGCGGCAAGCCCCUGGCGGACGCGGAGGGCCUGCCCGCCAGCAUCGCGCGCCUGCAGCAGCUGCUGGCCACCGCGAGGGGCUACGUGGAGGGCGUCGUGGGCGGGGAGCCUCCACAGGCCGGUCGCACCAAGGCCGACCCCGCGAUCGGCCGCCACCUUGCUGACACCCUGGCCGCCAUCCCCCGCCUGGAGCCGUCAGACCUGGAGCGCCUCUUCAACGAGGGCAUCCAGGACCAGCUUCUCGUCAGCUACUUCGCCAACCUCGUGCGCACGCAGGUCGCGCUCGCGGAGCGGCUUGGGACGGCGGCGCUGCCGCUGGUGUGA